AUGAUCCGUGAUAAGAAAUUCGGAGAUCUACUAAGAAGUUUCAAAAAUAUACAAAUCGGGAGCGGUCCCAUGCCGAAAGUCCCUGGCGAUAUCUUACUCGGCAUCAACCCCAAUACGGCUCAUUUCUUUGGUUCAACGGAAACGUAUCUCAUGCCACUUCUCCAACUCCAGGAUCCCGUCGCGGAUUGGCAGUAUCAUCGAUUUCACCCCCUGAGUGGCGCGACUUUCGAGAUUGUACAGGAGGGCUUGGUUGAAUUGGUGGUGGAGAGACUGGAAGGGAUUGCACAGCCUUGCUUUUCAGUCCAUCCGGGUAUGGGAAAAUUCCAUACAAAAGAUGUGUUUUCUCGACAUCCCUCCAAACCGGACUUGUGGAAGUUUGAAUGCCGUCUCGACGAUGUGAUAAUGUUUGAGACGGACGAGAAAAUGAUUGCGACCGAUAUUGAGAGGAAAGUAACUUCUCUUCCUGGUAUGAGAGCCGCUCUGGUGAUAGGGCAGGGAGAACGUCGACCUACAUUACUUCUGGAGUUGCUGCAAGGAGUAGAUCCGGUGACAAUCCUUGAGGAAACUUGGCGGGAGAUGGAAAAGUUCAAUGCCACUCUUCCUCGAUUUGGUCAACUGGUGAGGAACCUGAUUACUGUCGCUUCGACACCGUUUCUGAGGACGGCAAAGGGAACGAUCCAACGGCGUGCUAGUGGGGAUGCUCUUAAGGUCGAUAUUGAUCGUCUUUAUGAACAAUAUCAGGACCCCGCAGCAAUUACAACGUUGACGACUGCUGGAACAGAAGCGGAUGUUUCAGCCUUCCUGAACACUGUAACUGUAGAGGUGCUGGGUAGGAGUGUUGGCAGUAAAACCGACUUACUCUCCAGCGGAGUGGAUUCGCUCCAGGUCGCACACUUGGUACGCAGCGUCAACAAAGGUCUGGCAGCGUCAUCYGAUAGCGCAAUUGCUUCCACGAGAAUCACACCCGCGGCCCUGUACUCUUACCGGUCUACCUCGGAGCUUGCAAAGCGUGUGAAAGCUGAUAUCCAAGAUUGCAAGGAACAGGCAACUCUAUCGGCGACAAGGCCCAACCAAAAGCAUCACUCUCAUCACCACAAAGACAUGUUACACCAGCAUCGUACGAAACUGCCCAAACAUUCCGGUCGAAAAAAAGUCGACCUUGACGUACACUCUCUGCAGAACACCAUCUUGACAGGCUCCACCGGCAACCUUGGACCACACAUCCUGCAUCGACUCCUCAAAGACGACAACGUCAAACAAAUAACCUGUCUAAACAGAGCCCCAGAUGCAAGAACCCAAUACCUCUCCUCAUUCCCAAACGACGCACCCCUCCUCCCCAAAGUAAAAUUCCUAACAACCUCUAACCUCAACUCCCCAUCCCUCGGCCUCGACCCCAAAUCCUACAACUCCCUACAAUCACACACCACAACAAAUCAUCCACAACGCCUGGCCAGUAAAUUUCCAUCUUCCCCUGCACCCCACAACCGAACUAGCAGGCCAAAUCGGAGGAAUAACCUCCCUCAUAAACUUCCUCACCACCGCUCAAAAAUACCCUCAAUUAAUCUUCAUCUCCAGUCUCGCAGCCGUUGUCCGCUCAACCCUGUCCCCAAUCCCCGAGAGCAUCAUCCAAGAUCCCUCAGCACCAGAACCUUCAGGCUACGCACAAAAGUAAAUGGCUCGUGGAAAAAGAUCUCCUCUACUCCGCCGCCGUACAAUCAUUAA